AUGAGUAUGGCAAAUGUUCCUAGGAGAAUUGCCAUUAUAACAGGCACAAGUGGAAAUUUGGGAAUUAAUAUAGCUUACAGGCUUUUGGAAGAAGUUCCAAAAAGGUUCAGACUUACCAUAAUAGUGACAUCAAGAACUUUGGUCAAAGCAAACAAGACAAUUCAUCAGAUUAAGGAUUAUAAUGAGAAGAAGAACCUUCGUUCAGAUGGUUAUUUAGAUUUCGAUUACUUGCUACUCGACUUUUCUGAUAUGGUGUCCGUCUUAUCGGCGGUUCACAGUUUAGAAGAAAACUAUGAAAAGAUAGACUACUUGUUUUUGAAUGCUUCACAGAACACUCAUGAUCACUUUAAUUAUGUUGAAGCCACGAAAGAGAUGCUUACCGAUCCAGUUCGAGCAUCGACAAAUCCGGGAUACAAAAUCGAAAAGCGUGGUGUGAAAAGUAAAGAUGGCCUUGGAUUGGUGUUCCAAGUGAACGUGUUUGCACCAUAUUAUCUCAUUGAAAAGAUUAAAGGGAGCCUACUUGCAAAAUCAGAUGAUGCUAGAAUCAUCUGGAUCAGUUCUAUCCUUGGUAGACCAGAGAAUUUUUCGUUUAAUGAUAUGCAACUUUUGAAAACGGGAAUGGCAUAUGGGGGAUCCAAGAGACUCGUUGACUUACUUCACCUUGCCACAUACAAGGAACUGAAGGACAAGUAUGGUAUUAGGCAAUAUUUGACACACCCUGGUAUUUUUGUCUCGUAUACCUACACAAGAUUCUUAAAUGUCUUUAUGUAUUAUGGAAUGCUGGCUUUAUUUUUGCUUGCAAGAUGUCUAGGAUCUCCAUGGCUUAACAUUGACGGAUGGAAAGCUGCAAAUGCCCCUAUAUAUGUUUCUGUGAAGGCUGAUACAGAGGACGAUCAAUCAUUAAAGUAUGGUAGUGCAUGUACAAAAGGAGGUGAAGAGUAUUUGAAAACGACAACAGUUGAUUCUACAGGGAAAGACGAUGUGUUACAGUACCUAGAAACGUUGAAGAAAGAGUGGGAUGAAAAGUUCAGGGACCAAAUCACGGAUUCCAGAAAGCUUUAG